AUGGAUAAAUUGGUUGAUUUGGUGGACAUCCCAGGCUCAGAAAGGAUUCGGGACCUGAAUCUCGACCCCUAUCGAGCAAACAUCCGUGGGGUAGUCUUCUUCGUGGACAGCCUCACCAUUCAGAAGGAGAUACGAGAUGUUGCAGAAUGCCUCUACAAUAUCCUCAGUGAUGAAGUGAUUCAUGCUUCCAGUCCUCCCCUGCUCCUGUUCUGCAAUAAGCACGACCAAGCCCUGGCGAAGUCGGGGAGUGUCAUCUGCAAUCUCUUGGAACGUGAAAUAGAUUUGGUUCGCAAGACGAAGAGCAGCCAGCUCGCCAGCACCGAGGGCGGCGUCCGCCGGCACGCGUCCCUCGGUAAGGAGGGGAAGGCCUUCGAGUUCUCGGACCUCUCCGCCGCGUCGUUCGACGUCGCCGAAGGGUUCGCCGACGGCAGAGACGGUUCUUGCGACUUGAGAGCCGUUCGGGAUUGGCUGGAAAAAAUUGCGUGAAAGCCUUCUUCCUAGUCGCAAUGGGUGAAAGUUCACCGAUUCCUUAUUUUUGUGUGGUUUUUCUGCAUUUUUUGUGAUGGGUUGAAUACUUCUGUCUUCUCGUCGACUACGAAAGAAUGCGUUCGUCAAACAUCCAAGCAAUCGAUGUGUUGAGGAAAUAAAAUUUAUUUACAGUGGUA